GUUAGUUCAUCAUCAUCACAAACCAACACGUACAGAAAACAAUUAAGCCUCCCACUUUGUCUACUUUCCUCUCAUUUUCAUCAGCUACUCUUUUCUUCAGCAUCUCUAAGAAAAAAGAGGAUCUACCAUGGCUAUUGGCUUACCGACAAACCUUGCCAAGAAAAUUCUUCGAAGGUCCAGUUUCGGUUCUAGCAGAUCAUCGCCGUCGACGUCUUCAAGUUGUUCAGACGUGCCAAAGGGUUACUUAGCGGUUUAUGUAGGAGAGACGACACAUUGCAAGAAGCGGUUUAUAGUUCCGAUUUCGUAUUUGAACCAGCCUUCAUUUCAAUAUUUGUUGAGCAUGGCUGAAGAGGAGUUUGGGUUUGAUCAUCCAAUUAUGGGUGGCUUGACGAUUCCAUGCAGUGAAGAGGCUUUCAUUUCUGCUACUUCAAACUAAGGCGAAGACCACGAACACAGAUAGAUUGUAGAAGCAAACGUAUUCGGAUUUUAAUACCACAGUUUUGUGUAGAUGCUAAUAUAGGUGAGGAAUUGUAAAUGUGUGUACUAGAGUUUCUCCUUUUAUAGUUAGAUAGAAACUUGAUGCUCGAAACAUUAAUGAUAAUUGAUUCGGUUAAACAUUAACAUAGAAUAUUUUUUUGUUUACAAAUGAGGUUGUUGAUGUUAAGUUAGAAAAUAAAUUAAGUUAUUUUCUUGAAUUUUCUAGCUUUAUUAUUCAAUUAGUUUGAAGUUAAAUUUUCAUAACGACUCAAAUUAUAAGUGGGUGCAAGCUACCUUUUACCAUCCAUGGAAUUAUGGGCGGGGUGAAUUUUAGUCGAAACCAACCAAAAGCAUCUAUUGUCCAUUCCUAUAAAAACUGUUGGAUUAC